AUGGAUGCCCUACUUGCUAAACUGGGCGCCCAGGCGAUGAACAUGGCCAUACGGUCAGGCAUAGCUCUCACCUCGACCUAUGCCUUUUCCCAAUGUUCACGUCUCAUGAAGACUGUGGAUGACAAGGCUGUUCGCUCAGAGUUGAAGAAGCUUCAGAAAAUACUAGACAGCAAGAUCAAGGUCGUCUCUCCUGCCAUAGAUCUCGUUGAGUUCAAAUCCGGACGAGGAAAUGCCUUCUUAGAGUCAGCCCUUCCUCUAGCAAAGGGACUUCACCAGGAUAUCGUCGCUCUUGGUCAUCGAGUAGAACAGGCCGCUGAAGCAGCGGAGGCACCCAAAGGCCCUUUGCGAAGCAGCAUCGAUGGCGAACAGCAACUUGCCGAACUCAAGGCCAUCAUUGGCGAUAUGAAGGACCUCAUGGCUCGAAUCGACAGGGAUAUUCCACUCCUGCACAUGGCUAUCACCGCCUCCGGAGAAAGUCUCAGCUCAAAGAUGGGCCCCAAUACCUCGCCGUCCAGGCUUCUUCAAGCCGGCAUGUUCCUCACAUUUGGAGACACCCAGUAUGCCGCCGAUCCGUCCAGACCGGUCCAGAUAGGGCCGGCAUUUACGCUCUCAAUAUAUAUGUUGUUUGUGGGCCACGCCGCAACAAACCCCAAAGAGCAAUCCUCAAACCCGCACCAUCCUCCUGCCACUCCUCAGAAGCCGACACGCAGUCUUUCAGGAACUCCAGCAGACCCCUACGGAUUCGAAGAGGGCGAAAGGAAGCCAGUGUGGCAGGAAGUCAUUCACAAGGCCAGGGUCCGACUUUGCCGAACACCAGCGGAUCAUGUCUUCGACGCAAACAAAGGUUAUCGGCCUGAACAGACCAAAAGACAAAACUUCAGGGAAUCUCAUCUCUUCGGGUCGUCUGGUCCCAUGGGACAGCAUAUUGAAUACGCGUAUCACUUGGAGAUCAUCGAGGAUCUAGACGAUGGUCGAGUUCACGACGACUUGGACGCACACGCGGCGCCAUAUGACGACAUCAACAAUGCAGGCAUACGCGAGUCCAUUCCGAUUCAUCAAAUCGCCAAAAUCUUCUAUGCCGAUACCGGCAGGAUCCUGAAUAUCGGCAGUGACGGUGGCGACAACAACCCGGUUCUUUUGUUGAAACGAGAUGCCCUUGCGAAGCCGCCAAUGCAGAUGCAAGAAGAGAUGAUGGCAUACGAAGACGGCGAUGCUUCCAAGACGGUUUCUGAAGCUGGGAGUGUAUUUGGCGAGGAAGAUGAGCAGGACGAUAUCGACCGCCAGCUUCGAGAAGAAAGUGCCGCCCUCGAAGUUCUGGAGGAGCUGCCUAAAUCACCGACCGCCCCAUCUCGCAGACAAUUCCCAAGUCAUCUGGACCCCGAAUGGAUCGCUAUGGAGGUCUUUGAAGAGGACGACAUUGACGAUAGCGACACGGAGGACGAGGAGCUUGCGGAAGAGGGCGGUAAGCUACUGGUAGAACCAUCAUCCACGUCUGCCGCAGCGUCACCGAGUCCCAACUCUCGACGUGCAAGAUCGUCAUUGGACCCGAGGCUUGUGGCCCAAAUUCAAGAUAUGUCUCUGCAGUCGUCGCCCUCUGCGAGGGACCUCCGCACACCUCCGCGACCUUACGCCCGGGACUUGACGCAUCGCUCAAUGGAUAACACCGAUUCAAAGCCUGGCGCCGACUUCUCCUUUCGCCCUCGAAACAACAUUACUGCGGAAGGGAAACCCGAAUUCUCCAAAUCGCCGCGCAAGGAACCGACGCAGUCAACAAACAUCUACAAAGAAACGCCGCGGCUUGUGUGUACAGUCAUGGUCAACCAACGCAACCCGGUCAAGGGUCCUUUGCGCCCAAUCAAUCCCAACGAGGAUGCGCAACCCUCCAGCAGUCGCGACCUCCCCAAGAUGGCAACGCCUGUGAAGGAAGCUCGCGGUGCUCCGAGGGGCUCUUCGCGACCCGACAGCCGCGAUGCUUCUUCCUUCGACCCCGACUCACUUACCUCGAGAUUCGACGCCAUGCGCGUGUCCACCACACCCAAGAGCAAGCCACCGCAAGCUGUUACUAACAUGUCUGCGCGACGCAUGCCGCUUCAACAGCGCUCAGAAAGCCCCCCUUUGGUGGCAGAGGUCUCUAGUCCCGAGCUCGUCGAGAUCUCUGGCGCUGAUUUCAGACAACCACCAAGGCCCAGGUCCAAGGAUAACGAAACCAGCCAGCUGGAUCACUCGUUGCUGCACUCUGAUGCGCUGGAGUCGUUCUUCUCAGAUGUCAAGCGCCACGACCCUUUCCAUCCCUCGUCCUCUCCACAGCCAGUAUUUGGUCAUCCGACCAAGAUGAUGUCCUCUCUUAAGCAGAAGGCGGCAGGCAUCUUUAACGAUCGGAGGUCAAGGCCAGAGCACCACAGACCUCAACAUGUUUCUGUACCCGCCGUACCCUUCUAUCAAGACCAGAAGCCGGCGCCUCCUGCCCUCUACAGCUCCAUUGGCCCCGACGCGAACCCUGCCACCUUCAGACCAGUUGGAAAUUUUGGUGAUUCCGAGUUCUACACGGAUCCUGCAAAGGCUUCGGCCGACUUGAAGGCUCUUCUGGAGGGUGGCAUGGAAGACGAAGAGGAAGAGCAGGAAAAGCAAGACACAGAGGAAGAUGGCAAAGAUGGCAGCAUGGAGGGUCUUAAGGUGAAACUCCUUCCUCACCAAGUCGAAGGUGUCGAAUGGAUGAGGGGCCGCGAACUGGGCCCCGUCAAGAGAGGCAAGGUCCCCAAGGGCGGCAUUCUGGCAGAUGACAUGGGUCUCGGCAAGACUCUCCAAACCAUCGCCCUCAUCUUGAGCAACCAGAAGCCUGAGAAGGGCGAGAAGGCGUACAAGAAGCACUUCGACGGCAUCGAAAAGACGACGCUUGUUGUUGCCCCCCUCGCUUUGAUCAGGCAGUGGGAGUCUGAGAUCAAGGAGAAGGUCGCGAAGACUCACGGACUCAAGGUUUGCGUUCACCACGGACCUCAACGCACCAAGCGGUAUAAGGAUCUCGCGCUUUACGAUGUCGUCGUGACCACCUACCAAGUCUUGGUCUCCGAAUGGGGUCACUCGUCAGAAGACGAGAAAGGCGUCAAGGCAGGAUGCUUCGGUCUUCACUGGUGGCGCGUUGUUCUCGACGAGGCGCACACCAUCAAGAACAGAAAUGCCAAGUCGACAAAGGCAUGCUAUGCUCUACGAUCAGAGUAUCGCUGGUGUCUCUCGGGAACGCCAAUGCAGAACAACUUGGAGGAGCUGCAAUCACUCAUCAAGUUUUUGAGAAUCAAGCCCUAUGAUGACCUCAAGGAGUGGAAGGAGCAGAUUGAGAAGCCCUUGAAGAACGGCAAAGGUCAUGUUGCCAUCCGUCGUCUUCACAGUAUCCUGAGGUGUUUCAUGAAGCGUCGUACCAAAGACAUCCUUAAGGAGGCUGGUGCGCUCAACCCUGGUGGCAAGCCAACCAAGGAAGGCGAGAAGUCCACCACCGGCUUCAAGGUCACAGAGCGCAAGGUCGUCACUGUAGCCACGGCAUUUUCUCCCGCAGAGCGCCGCUUUUACGAUAGACUCGAAGCCCGCGCUGAUGAGAGCAUUGAGAAGAUGUUGAAGGGCAAGGUUGACUACGCCAAUGCUUUGGUGUUGCUCCUUCGCCUCCGACAAGCUUGCAACCACCCGAAACUAGUUGAAGGAAAGCUUGACAAGGACAAGGACGCGCUUUCCACAGGCGCAGCGCCAAAGAAUGCUCCAGACAUCGAUUCGCUUGCCGAUAUGUUCGGUGUCAUGGGCAUUGCCGCCAAGACUUGCGGUAUCUGCGGGCGUAACUUGCCUAAGGACUCGGUCAACAGCGAUAGAGAUACAUGCCAAGAGUGCUACGAUGACCUGGCCUACUUCAAAGAGCACGAGACGCCAAAGAGGAAGAAGCCGAAGCAGAAGAAGAUGAAGGUGAAGAAGGUCGUCGAGCAGAGUCUGAUGGCAGAUCCUGAAGACGAGAGCCCACAGAAGCCCAAGUCUCGUCGACCCCGCAACCGGAACGUCGUCGUUGACAGUGACGACGAAGAGGCCGAUGCCACCUGGCUUGUUCCCGAAGACCAGCAAGGCCAGCUUCGCCUGGGCAAGGCUGGUGGCGAGGAGGACGAAAAUGCCGAGGGCGGCGGUGAUUGGAUCGGCUCUGAUGACUCGCGUCACGACUCCGAGAAUGAAGACGACGGCAGUCAGCUCGAUAGCUUCGUUGUAAAGGACGACGGAGUCAAGCACGAGCAGGACGUGGACGACAGCUUUGCAUCUGACGACAGCCUUCCUUCAAUAGCAGCGAUAGCAUCGCAGGUCGACGCCAAGUACAGAUCAUCGCAAGCGUCCCAAGACGAGUCCGAGUCCGAUUCAUCAGAAGAAGACACCGGCGUUGACGAGUCAGAAGUCGACUCUGACAACGACACCAGAUACAAGCCGCGAGGCCAGGUGUCCCAGAUUCUGGCCUCCGCAAAGAUCCGCCAGAUGAUGAAGCUGCUGCACAAGGAGGCCGACGACCACAAGUUCAUCGUCUUUUCGCAGUUCACGUCCAUGAUGGACCUCAUCGAGCCCUUCUUCCGCAAGGAAGGGUUCAAGUUCACUCGCUACGACGGCAGCAUGAAGAAUGACGAGCGCGAAGCCAGCUUGCACCGCCUGCGUAACGACAAGAACACACGCAUUCUGCUCUGCAGUCUCAAGUGCGGUAGCUUGGGUCUCAACCUGACGGCCGCCACCCGCGUCAUCAUCCUCGAACCGUUCUGGAACCCCUUCGUCGAGGAACAGGCUAUCGACCGCGUUCAUCGCCUCACGCAGACGGUCGACGUGGUCGUCUACAAGCUCACCGUCGAGAAGACGGUCGAGGAGCGCAUCCUGCAGCUGCAGGAGAAGAAGCGCCUGCUCGCCGAGACGGCCAUCGAGGGCGGCAUGAAGAAGGACGCCUUCAAGCUCGGCUUCAAGGAGAUUAUGGACCUCUUCCGCCGCGACGACCACCACACCAACCCCGCCAACCACCACGACAACUACGUCGACCAGUCGCGCGCGGCCUCGGCCCACAGCAGCAGGCAGGUCUCCCCCGAGGCGGGCUUGUUGCAGGGCAAGGCCGCCCGCAAGGCGCCCAAGAGGUCGGAGCACGAGACGUUCGGCCGGCGGUGGUAA